AUGGUGCAGUGUCCAUUACCAAGGAGGCUGCCAGCUCUGGCUCUGCUGUCCCUGGGGCUGCUGUUGGUCACCUCCUGCUGUGAUAGGUGUGACCGGCCGGGCCUGUGGAGAAACGAGCUGGGCUCCAAUAUGACCACCUUGGCCAUGAACACAGCUGAGACCUUCUCAGGCUCCUACCACACCACAGUGGCAGCCACCAACAAGCAGAUCCUCAUGUCACCCCUGCAAGGGGUCCAGGAGCAUCCCAGUGCCAAGAGACACCCCACGUUCAGCUUCUCCGUGCAGUGGCAGUUCUCAGACUCCACCACUGCCUUUGUGGGCCAGUGCUUUGUGGAUCAGUGGCUCCUGCGGGAAGAGGUCCUGUCACACAAGGACACCUGGAAAGCCACAGGGUGA